UGUAGUACCGCCGUUUGGCCACAACGAAUAUUUUCCUCAGAGUACGGCGCACUUCCUGGGGGCUUGGGUUGGAUGUGAGCGCCACCGACCUGUCUCCACUUCCAGAUCGAAGAUGGCGGUCUCGGUGUUCCCCGGCGUGCGGCUCCUCUCCAUCGGAGACGCGAAUGGAGACAUACAGCGACAUUCAGAGCAGCAGCCCCUGCGGCUGGAAGUGAAGAGCACACAGGAUGCUGCUCUCAUCAAUCUCUCCAAUGGAGAGGAGAGUGUGUUCAAGUGUUCGGUUUCCAGGGAGACUGAGUGCAGCCGUGUUGGGAAGCAGUCUUUCAUCAUCACACUGGGCUGCAACAGCGUCCUGCUGCAGUUCUCCUCACCUGCAGACUUCCAGUCCUUUUAUAACCUGCUGAAGAACAGUCGCGGACACGUCAAUGAGCGCUCCGUCUUCAGCGACAGAACAGAGGACUCCUCUGCUGUACAGUACUUCCAGUUUUAUGGCUACCUCUCUCAGCAACAGAACAUGAUGCAGGACUACGUUCGGACAGGGACUUACCAACGGGCUAUUCUCCAGAACCACACCGACUUCAAGGAUAAGGUGGUGCUAGAUGUGGGCUGCGGCUCGGGGAUCCUCUCUUUCUUUGCAGCCCAGGCUGGAGCCAGGAAGGUGUACGCAGUGGAGGCCAGCACCAUGGCACAGCAUGCAGAGGUGCUCGUGAACAGUAACCGCCUCGGGGACCGGGUGGUCGUCAUCCCGGGGAAGGUGGAGGAGGUGACGCUGCCGGAGCAGGUGGACAUCAUCAUCUCAGAGCCCAUGGGCUACAUGUUGUUCAACGAGCGCAUGCUGGAGAGCUACCUGCACGCCAAGAAGUUCCUCAAGCCCAACGGCAAAAUGUUCCCAACUAUCGGUGACGUCCACCUGGCCCCCUUCACAGAUGAGCAGCUCUACAUGGAGCAGUUCACCAAGGCCAACUUCUGGUACCAGCCCUCCUUCCACGGUGUAGACCUCUCUGCCCUGCGGGCGGCAGCAGUGGAUGAGUAUUUCCGCCAGCCAAUUGUGGACACAUUUGAUAUCCGUAUCCUGAUGGCCAAGUCAGUCAAAUACACAGUCAACUUCCUGGAGGCCAAAGAAGAGGAUCUUUACAGGAUAGAGAUUCCCUUUAAGUUCCACAUGAUGCACUCCGGUCUGGUGCACGGUCUGGCCUUCUGGUUUGACGUUGCGUUUGUGGGCUCAUCGAUGACGGUUUGGCUGUCCACGGCCCCCACAGAGCCCCUCACCCACUGGUACCAGGUGCGCUGUCUGCUGCAGUCCCCCCUCUUCACGAAGGCCGGAGACACGCUGUCCGGCACCGCCGUGCUGAUGGCCAACAAGAGACAAAGCUACGACAUCAGUAUUGUUGCCCAGGUGGACCAGACGGGAUCAAAGUCCAGCAACCUCCUGGACUUGAAGAAUCCCUUUUUCAGGUACACAGGCACUACCCCCAACCCCCCUCCCGGCUCACACUACACCUCCCCGUCUGAGAACAUGUGGAACACGGGGGCCUACAGCAUGGGGCAGGGCAUGGCUGUAUCAGGGAUGCCUGCAGCUUAUGACCUCAGCACAGUCAUUGGCAGCGGCCCAUCAGUGUCUCACAACAACCUCAUCCCCCUGGGUACGAACCGCACUCCUCCUGACUUCUCUACAUCUAAUGUGAACACCGGCAUUGUAAACCACACCCACUCCAGGAUGGGCUCCAUCAUGAGCACAGGUAUUGUUCAGGGAGCCACCACAGGCCAAUCCGGUCCCAGCAGCAGCGGUUCGUACUACCCCGUCACCAACCAGUUCACCUUGGGGGGCGCCGCCAUUUCCAUGGCCUCCCCCAUGGUCAUCCCCAGCAACACCAUGCAUUAUGGCAGUUAAGAACUCACCAAGACCUCUUCGACCCCCCCUCCCCCGCAUGACAAGAGACCCCCGACCUCCCCCGGUGGAGACUGAUGCAGCCAAAAGCAGUGCUGUGCUGGCACUGCACCCCCCCCCCCCCCUCCCAGUGUCGUCCUGCUCACUCUUCUGUGUUCAGUCCAUCCCCAUAUGAGCGUAUCCGUCCACACUGAGACCCUCCUCCCCCCCUCGUGGAUCCACUGGGACUUGAUUAGCUGAGAUGCACAGCUCCUCCCUCUACGUGUUUCUCAGCCCCCCCCCCCCCUUUCUCGUUUUUUUUUAUGUGUCAUAAUGAACCCCAAAGUGUUUCCUUUCCGGCUGCCUGAUAGCAGCUGAGGCUUUCAUGUGUACAGGACACUAUUAUCCUCUUAACACUCUUCUCUGGACGUUUCAUAUCUCAUCCGGUCUUUUCUACGGAGACUCAUGCAACACAUAUUUGCUCUGCGCUUUCAGAUAAUUUUGGUUUUAGGCAGAUGUAUCAAAAAAACUGAAGCCAUCUACAUGUGAAGGCACCCUAAGGAGUAUGGGAAAUAUGCUUUCUUUGUGACUUGGACACCUUUUAUAUGUGUAGUUUUACUUAAAAGCAGCAGUGUUGAUGGACAUCAGGAUUAGGAAGAAUGGCACACCUUUAGCAGAGAGAAGUACACUGCGAUCACUAUUGUUAAAAUAUGGAUUAGUGCAGCUUUAAAUACCAUCCUACACAUACCCGCAAUGUGGUUAGCCUAGCGUUAUCUUAGACUAGAAGCAGGAAGAAACUCCCUUAAGUCAAAAACACACCUACCCUAGUUCUAUUUUUAAAUGUAAGACUAGUGAGCAGUCAUAGUGGAACGGCUGGUUUGAGCACCGUCCAAAGUGAACUAACAGCCAGGAGACACUUUUUAUCUUCUCGAUAAGCCAAAUCAGGAAAUAGAGGGUUUGGAAGAUGUAUUUUAGACUGAUAUCUGUAGAAGAAAUUAAAAUAUUAAGGCAGCAUAUUUCCUGAAACGCUGCUAAAGGUUUUAAUGUAGUCACUGGGGUGGAUUUAGAGCCUCAGGAUGGUCACAAGUGUUCACACCUCCAUCACCUGAUCCCUCCAACAUCUCCUGAAAAAACAUUUUGUUAAGUUGUACACACAGUACAAGUUGUGGGAACGAGAGAGGAGUUCUACACGGAAGGUGACCAAUGAGUCUUCUGAAGGUUUGUGUGCACCUGCUGCUUCCAUCGCCCCCCCCCCCCCCCCCGCCAGAGCCCGAUGCUCCAGCAGAAGGAUUGUAAAGGGGGCAAAAGGACCCAGGCGGAAUGAGAAUAGCUGUGCUGGGUGGACGGCAUCCUGCUUCUCCUCGGAAUCUCCUGAGACUGUCGCAAAGAGACUUCAAUGUGGUGGCGGGGGGGGCAUGUGUGGGACAGGGCCAGUCCCCCCGCCUCCUUCCGGCUCACUAUGUACAACCUCCAACAUAUCACCCCCACCCCCCGUCAUCAGCCACGCAGAGAAGGACUGACACGUGUACGCACCGCUUCCAGUGUCACAACUAUCGGACUUUGGAAUUUACGAGUUAGCAAGUUUUAAGAAAGCUGAGAAAAAAUGUCUCUUUGUAGGAUUAACCUUUUUGUUAUCUUUAUUUUAUUUUUUUCUUUCACAAAAAAAAACAAACGAUAUAAAAACAAAAAGAGCAAAUUAAAUGUGGUGGAGAUGUUCCAAAACCAUCCUGGAAUCAA